ACCCCUCCGACUCGCGACCCAUCAUGUUUUUCGUAGUGUGUUUGCUACUUUUGCUGCAGUGCCUUGCACAAGAUAUAAAAGAAGAACGGUUAACAUACAAACACUGCACGUGUCCCUGUUCCGACCUGGCACCGGUAGAGGUAGAUCCGUUCUUCGACGGCAACGCUAACUGUGUUGUAAUCCAGAACUUUUGGAGCAACGGUCAUCUGUUUACCAGCGAUAAAGCGUUCGAGGGCCGGCAUUACGUGUAUCACGAUGUGUCACACUUCCGAACCAAAAAGUGGAGAUACGUGCACACCAACCCAUGGAAGAUAUUCUACCCGUGGAAGAAUGUUAGCGCCAAGGCCGAGGUUCCGCUGGUCAUUCAAAACAUUCUCUCGAUGGAGUAUAUCGUUGUAACGGACGAUAUCGUCAAGCAAAGCUUCCGACAAGUGGUGACCAUCUUCGAUCUGACCACGUUUGCACUGUGGCACUUCGCCGCUGCACCGGAUGGUCAGUUUAAAAUUAAAAAUCACGUGACGAGAGAGUUUCUGUACGCGGAUGAGGUUGCCACCGACGACUGGGACCAGGGGAAGAUCUUCACCAACAUCGUGAAGCUAAACAGGUCUGACACACAUCCGGGACAGUACGUCUUCCUGAUACCGCCGUGUUAUCGAUAGGAGUGUGGUUACGGUUUUUUAGAAUUUAAAUUAAAAAAAAAUCUUUUAAAUAUUAUAUUUUAUCAUGUCGUCAAACAUAAAAUAGAGUUGUCAAUCAAUCCAUGCAUGAAAUAUAAUAAAUUGCUGUAUUUUUGCAUGGGAACCUA